AUGUUGUUCCAGAAUAUUCUCUUCGCUGCCACCAUCGGCCUCGCUGCCGCCGCCCAAUCCAGCGGCCAGAGCUGCGGUCGCAAGACAGCUCCCUGUUCCAUCGACAGCAAAUGCAAGCCCACCACGGCCAACUGCAAAGACCUGAACAAAUGCGAAGGCCUCUGUUACUUCAAGAACGAAUACCCUUCUUGUGGAGGGCUCCGCGCCAAGCCUGCGCCCCCUUGCAAGAAGAACACGCACUGCGUCGACGAUCCUCGAACUCCCGAGGAUUGCGGCAUGGCAUGUGAUAAGCCGGGUAUCUGUGCUCCCAAGAAGCCCAGCAGAUGUGGAGGAUUUGAGGGCAAGAGAUGUCCCAAGGGUCUCUACUGUUAUGAUGACCCUUCGGAUGACUGUGAUCCUAAGAACAAUGGUUUUGACUGUUCUGGAAUUUGUCUCUAG